AAAAGACUAAUGACUAUCAAACGUUUUUACAAGAUUAUUAAACACUCAAACGACUAUCAAACGAUUGGAAUAAAAAAAGUUUAAAAAAUAAAAGUUGGCCGGCCAACUUCACGCAGGUACAUAAGUGGGGUGCUCCGACCCAUGUAAAAACACAACGAACAGACCUCUUUUACACGCUCUCGCGGGUUUAACUUUCAUUUUUAUUAGUAUACCCGUUAUUUCUACAUGUAGCAUAACUACAACAUAAAUAAAAUGUGAGUCGAUCUUGAAUUAAACAUUUGGAUUCAGUAAAUAUCUAUCAGAAAGAAUCGAUUUAAAAAAACGAUUAACUAAUACUCAAAAAAAUUGAUUCUUCGAUUAAUCGAACUUGAAACGGUAACGCUAGUCGUGUCAACAUGCCGGGACAUGCAAACCAGAAAUUGUUUUACAAUACCGUACUUUGCCAAACUUUUUCACCAAAUGGCAGCCACUUACUUGCUGGAAAUAUUUAUGGCGAUGUAUCUGUAUUCGAUUUAUCCAAAGUAUUGGGACCUUAUCAAGGUGAAGAAAAUAAUUUGCGAGGACCAAAUUAUCAUUUCACUGCUUACCCCGACCAACAUGUUGAGAGUAUAAUUGCAACUGACAACUUUCUUGUUACGGGAACGUCUGGAGAAAUUUCUGGAUGGGAUUGGAAGAUUGUAACAUCAAAUAAAGCUCCAAAAAUGAAAGCUUCUUGGACUGUGCAAAUUCCCAGCAAUAAAGAUAGUUAUGAAAAGCCAGAUGUGAACUACAUGGUGUAUUCUAAAGAAAAUCAUAUGCUGUAUGCUGGAUGUGGUGACAACAAUAUUUAUGUUAUUAAUUUGGACAAUGGAAAGAUAUUGCAGACAUUAGAUGGUCACAAGGAUUACAUACACUGUCUUGCUCUAAUGGGCAAUCAAUUGGCAUCUGGUGCAGAAGAUGGUACUGUCAGAUUAUGGGAUUUACGAAAAAAAGAAAAUACAAAUGUACUACAGCCUCAUGCUAUAGAAAAGAUAGCACGACCAAGGCUAGGCAAAUGGAUUGGUGCUUUGGAUUUCACUGAAGAUUGGCUACUUUGUGGUGGUGGUCCAAAACUGUCUUUGUGGCACAUGCGCACUAUGGAAGCAGCUACUGUAUUUGAUUUACCAGAUCAAGGAAUUCACGUUGCAGAUAUUUACGAAGAACGCAUAAUAACAGGUGGUAGCAUGUCCCAUGUACAUCACCUUACAUAUCAGGGAGACACAUUAGCAGAAGUACCAACAUCUAGUAAUACAAUUUAUAAUAUCAUUUACCAAGAAAAGCCCCAAAAGAUAUUGAGCAUAGCAGGUACAAGUAACAAAAUUGAUAUAUGUACUAAUUUCAAUUAUCGAGAGAUGACAUUGAAGUUUGCAUAAUCAUUAUAACUUGAUCAUUGUUCGAUUAAUAUCUUGUAUGUACCUGUUCCAUGUAAUAUGGAUUAAUUUAAGCGGACUAAUAAGAUGAAAGGCAUAUUGUUUUCAUAAUAUUUAAUAAAUAUAUUAAUACAUAGUGCAUUUUAUGUAAACAAUGUAAAAAUUUUAUACAAAUGUACAACAAUGUAGUAUUCUUGGUUAUACCAUUCAGUGUUACAAAAUAAAAUUUCUACAAUA